AUGUUGAAAAAAGCUGAAGCUGUUCCACAAUAUAAUUGGAUGAAGACGUCUCUUAUGAAGGCGUUCAGGAGCAGAGUAGAGAGUGAACAAGAUGUGGUCAACCCCCCAACCAGUAUACAGACUGACGUCAUCAAGGACAUCCCAAAGCCUGUUUGGAGACCUUCUUUUUCGCAGCCCAAUAGGUCUGGCCUGGUGAGCCGAGUGAAAUAUUGCAACACGCUGCCAGAUAUUCCAUUUGAUCCUAAGUUCAUUAACUAUCCUUUUGAUGCCAAGAGGUAUGUACGCUACAAGCAGACUUCUCUUGAGAAAAAUUACCGAUAUGAGGUUUUGACAGAACAUGAUUUAGGCGUAACCAUUGAUCUUAUUAAUCCAGAGGCGUACACACCUGUCCCAGGCGCACAGCUGCAUCCAACAGAUGAAAGAUUGCUUGAAGAUGACAUUCUCACUCUACAGGAUGGCAAACGUUCCAGGCAUCAACAUAUCAAUGCUUCGUGGCUACGUCGAACUGAAUACAUUUCAAAUGAGCCCACACGCUUCCAGCCUCAGAAUAAUAAUAAAAUGGAGGCCACUAUUGGCUUUGCCACACGUAGGAAAAAGGCUUUGGAGGAGAAUGUUUACACUGAUCGUGAUAGCCAACUUGAGGCCAUUGAAAAAACCUUCCAAGAUGUUAAGGUUACUCUUAAGAAUCACUACAUCAAGCCUGGAGUGACUGCAGUUGAAGAACUACCAAUAUACCCAGACUUUGAUCUUUGGAAGUAUCCAUGCGCUCAGGUCAUCUUUGACUCGGAUCCCGCACCAGUGGGAAGACCCAUGCCGGCUCAGCUUGAAGAAAUGUCUCAGGCUAUGAUUAGGGGUGUGGCGGAUAAAUCUGGGGAACAGUUUGCGGCCUACUUCUUGCCCACGGACGACACACUUAAGAAGAGGAAGCGCGACGUUGGCGAAGGAGUCGAGUACAUGGAUGGUGAUGAGUACGAUUAUGUAAUGGCUCGCGAGUACAACUGGAAUGUGAAGAAUAAAGCCUCCAAAGGCUAUGAAGAGAACUACUUUGUGGUUAUACGUAAUGAUGGCGUUUUCUAUAAUGAGUUAGAGACGAGAGUGUGUUUAAGCAAGCCUCGUCUCAAACAAGGUCAGCAGCCUAAUAACUCUCGACUGGUUGUCCGUCACCGGCCCCUUAUUGCACAGGAGCACAAAAGUCAACGCUUCCGAGAAAAAAUGCUUGAGCCUCCGGGUGAAGAGGAGAUGGAGAAUGAAAAAGCUCUCAAAAUGUACUCUGGAAAGGAAAUGAGAGAAACAUCAAUUGAUAUAAACAUGUACAGUGCCAAAGGAUCCGAUAGUGAAGGCAGUGAGAGAUCUCGCUCAAGAUCAGGAAGUAAGGAACCUGCCCGCAGCAGGUCGGGUUCUCGUUCACGCCGCCCAUCAGGCUCUCGCUCAAGGAGUCGUUCUCACAAUGGCUCACGGAGCAGGUCUCAUAGUAGGUCCCGCGGCAAGUCAAGAUCCGCUAAAUCGGGAGCGUCUAGCAGAUCGGCACAAUCAAGUCGCAGGAGCAGGAGGGGCUCUCCAGCUGUCAAUGGCUCCGUGGGCCACUCUGGAUCCCCCGCACAUAGCAAAGAUUCGGGCAAUGCUUCUGGAUCUGACUCAGAAUCUGACUCGGAUUCUUCGGACUCAGGUUCAGGCUCUGACUCGGAUUAG